AUGGACAUGACUACAACACUACCUGCUCACCAUCCGAGCAGCCUACUCCAGCGCAGAUUCAGCCAAGCGCAAUACCAAACCGCCGACAUGACAGAAUUAUUCAAUCUGAACUUUCGGCCGAACCCUUUGAACACCACACCAGGACAUGAGUCAGUGCAAACAUAUCAGCGGACGCAACAGCAAUAUCCCUCUCAGCUACGAACGCAGUCGCAACAGCAACAUCAAGCGCAGACCCAGCCAGCACAAACGCCGCAGCAACCAUUAGCAGCUAACGAUGGCUUCGUGAACCUUGCUGCCGUCGACGGAUCUGCGAGUGGCCUCAACAACGCCUUCACGAACCCCUACGAUCUAUCCACAACUUUCAAUGGAGCCAACUUUGGCUCGUUGUCUUGGGCUGCUCCGGCGCAGUCGUUCGGAGCCAUGCCAGCCAACCUGCUGCGUGCUGAUACUAGCUCAAGCUUAGACUCUGAGCCAUACAUCAAGAUGGAGGAGCCUUCGCCCUUACAGCCUCCUCCGCUUGUCUUUGAUGUGGACUCGCCAUCCUCGCGGAGCUCAUCUGAAGCCUCGGACGAAAGCAAGCCGGCCGUCUUCUCCACCGAGAUCGAUACACUUAUGCGGGCCAUCCAGUCGAAGUCAGAUUCGAAAGACCACAAGCCAACACCCAAAUCCCGAACCACCAAUCCACGAUCGAAACGAUACUUCUGCAACCUCCCGGGCUGCGACAAAUCCUUCUACCAAAAAACACACCUCGAAAUCCACACCCGAGCCCACACAGGCGUCAAACCCUUCCUCUGCUCCGAGCCCUCCUGCGGCCAACGCUUCAGCCAACUCGGCAACCUCAAGACCCACGAGCGCCGACACACCGGCGAACGCCCGUACAAAUGCAACACCUGCGGCAAGAUGUUCGCGCAACACGGCAACGUCCGCGCCCACAAGAUCAUCCACGGCGGGCAGAAGCCUUUCCUCUGCAAACUCGACGAUUGCAAUAAGCAGUUCACGCAGCUGGGGAAUCUGAAGUCGCAUCAGAACAAAUUCCAUGUGGAGACGAUACGCCGGCUGAAAGAGCGGUUUGAGAAUCUGAGGGAUGGGGAUGUCGUGCAGACGUGGGAGAAGGAGUUGUGGGAGUAUUUUGGGGGUUUGUAUAAGAAUUGUAACAAGGGGAUUAAGGGACGGGGGAAGGAUAGGAAGAUCAGUGGUAGGUCGUCUGGGCUGGCGCAAAGGAGGGACAGCAUUGCUAGUUCUUCUGGGAGUGGAUGA